UGCCUUUUAAUACGAAAAUUUGGAGAUAAAUAACGAUGAUUAUUGAAAACUGUUAUCCUCAUUUCCCCCCUUUUUUUUAUUUUAUAAAUGUAAAGAGCAGUUGGGUGGCAAUUUGGCCUGAAAAGCCAGGCACAAAGCGGCGGACCUCCCCCACCCGCGCCGACGUCGGAUUUGUCGCUUUUACUAAUCAAGCCGAAUUCUUCUUUCGAUACUCCUCUUCUCCACGCUUCAGUCUUCGGUUUUUCUUUUCUUUUCUUGUUCGUGUUUCAAUUAAAUAAAACAGCAGCAGAAAAUGCCGUCUUUUCCCGUCACAAUCGACACGACGGCCGACUUUGGCGUCGGUUCUGCACCGUCGGCACGCAGCCUGCUCCUCGCACCCCCCUCCAUCGCCGCCCACGAGGAGAAACUGCGAGCCCUUUUCACAUCCUUCGACCGCUCGACCACCGACCUGCAGAUGCUCGAUCGCCUUUCAGCUGGCUUCGUUUCCCUUCCGCCCGCGACAUACGAUCUCGUCCUCGUUCUGACAGACACUGACGGCGCCCUGCACACCGAGGCGCUUCGAUUGCUCAACCGAGAUGUAUUCACUGGCCUCAUUCCGUCCAUGAAGGCUGGUGCGAAGUUAAAACUACAGACUGGAGCGCUGGGUGAGUCUGAUGCGCGUGAGGCUAUACUGGCUGGGUUGGUUUUCAAAGACGGCGCUUUCGAGAAGCCGGCCUAUGAAGGAGGCAGCGUCCCGCUCAAGUUUGGUAUCAAGAGGAAGAAUAAGGAAAAGAAGGAGAGCGGUGCUCAGAGUGUAGCCGCUGUUAAUCAGAAUGGCUCUGUUCAGAUUAAUAUUAAUGAUGACGAGCUGAUCGAUGAGGACGAUUUACUGUCGGAUGAAGAUAUGAAGAGGCCCGUUCAGCAACCCGAGAGAUGCCAACCAGAAACUCAGAAGAAACGACGACGUCCCUGUAAAGAUUGCACCUGCGGAUUAGCCGCCGAACUCGAAGCCGAAGACCAAACGCGCCGUGAACAAGCAGACUCCGGCUUGAAUGUGCUCAAGCUUCAAUCCGCCGAUCUCAACGACGAGAUCGACUUUACCGUGCAAGGCAAAACGAGCUCGUGCAAUAGCUGCUCUCUCGGCGAUGCGUUCCGAUGUUCCACUUGCCCAUUCAUCGGCUUGCCGGCAUUCAAACCUGGAGAGGAAGUGAAGAUCCUCAACGACAUGGCACAACUGUAAGGCAAUGGUAAUGAAUAUUUAUUUGUCAUUUUGCGCGGGAAGGCGUUGAUGUACUCGGUUUUCGUUGAUUGUAUAUUCGUUUUCUGGCCUGGAUCAUAGAUACCUCGUUGCACCUUUAUCAUGACUGAGACUGCAUGGUUGUCUGCUAUAGUUAGAAUUAAAAAAUUUUUAAAUAAUUUUUACAAACGAA